UAUUGUUUGAAAUCUUUAAAGUUGGGAUUUUUGGAAAUUAUAUGUCAAUACAGAGUAUAUUGGCCAACAAACAAACAAACAUGAAUGUUUAAAACUACAACUACCAUCACUUCAAAACAACAAUAUAAACCACCGAUAAAUAGGACCAACCAACAACAAAAACUUUUCCAUAUAUUAUAGAUGAAAAUAAAUUCCAUUUUCCUACUUUAUAACUAUUAUUGUUAUUUUUGCUAUUGCUGCUGUUGUGGUUGCUUCGGCUACUGAUGCUAUUAAAGUUGUAUAAAGUAGUAGUUCUGUAUAAAAUAUCGAACUGCCCAGUUAUGGCCACUUGUUUUGCUCCAAAAUAGGCAAUUAUAUUUACAUCACAACACAUCACAUUGGAAAACUAACCAAAAGGCAAUUUGGAGAGACCAUUGAAUACAACCCAAAUCGAAGGAAACUUAAAACAAAAACUAAAGUGAAGUGAAGAGGAAAGAAGUGUUUUAUUUCAUUCUAUGUCGGUCUGGACGGAUGUCAAUAUGAUUCGUUGCAAAAAUUGGUUUUGCGCCCGCAGCAAUAACAAUGACUAUGCGGAGGUUCUAUUUGGUGAUAGCAAAACCACAACACAAACUACAGCCGUAACAACGGACACAACAACCACAUCCAACCUGGUGCGGCAACAACAGCCGGCAAAUGGUAAACUAAGUGGAGCAGCAACAACGAUUGCUAAUAACACAACUGCAACACAUACAAUGCAUAACAAUAUAGCAGCAGCAGCAGCAACAUCUAAUACAACAUCCACUGCCGGAACAACGGCCAGUACAACUAGUGUUAGCAAUAGUUGUAGUGGCACGGCAGGUGCUGGCCCUAAUGCUAAUUCAGCGGCUGCUGGUUCACAUGUUGUUACGUUUUUGGAUGAUGUGCCAAGUGGUAGUAAUGGUGUUGUUAACACUACCACACGUUUAAUGAACAAUACAGAUCUACAACAACAACAACAGCAUUAUUAUGAUCAUCAUACAUCGGAUGAUUUGGAUGCCUUAGAUACGGAUGAUUUUUUAGCCAAUCAUGUUGUCAGCUCGGCCAUGCUGUGCGAUGAUACUCUACCAACUUCGAAAAAUUGUUAUCGUCUUGUGAUAUUGGGUUCUUCACGUGUGGGUAAAUCAUCCAUAGUGGCACGUUUUUUGGGUAAUCGUUUUGACGAAGCGUAUACACCAACUAUUGAAGAUUUUCAUCGUAAAUUAUAUCGUAUACGAAAUGAGGUCUAUCAAUUAGAUAUUCUAGACACAUCUGGUCAUCAUCCUUUUCCAGCAAUGCGUCGUUUAUCCUUUCUGACGGGCGAUAUCUUCAUAUUGGUGUUCAGCAUGGAUUCUCGGGAAUCUUUCGAAGAAGUUGUACGUCUCAGAGAAAAUAUUCUAGAAACAAAAUGGGCAGCUCUUAAUCCUGGUUCAGGUUUCAAAAAGAAGGCUUUACCCAAAAUACCCAUGAUUUUGGCGGGUAAUAAAUGUGAUAAAGAACAAAGAACCGUUCAACUAGACGAAAUAAUGGGUUAUAUAGCGGGACAAGAUAAUUGUUGUGUCUUUGUCGAGUGUUCAGCUAAGCAAAACUUUCGUAUAGAUGAUUUAUUUUAUGCACUCUUUACCGCCUCUAAUCUACCACUUGAAAUGGCACCUAAUCAUCAUCGUAGGGUGGUAACCGUAUUUGGAGCACCCUCACCAUUACCACCACACUCCUCGACAGGAGGUUCCAAAAAGAAUGCUCUCUCCAUAAAACGACGUUUUAGUGAUGCCUGCGGUGUGGUAACACCCAAUGCACGACGGCCCAGCAUACGAACCGAUUUAAAUUUAAUGCGCUCAAAAACCAUGCAAAUGAAUGAAGGUGAUGGCAGUGUGGCACGUAAAAAAUGUGUAAUUAUGUAAAUUUUUAUUGAAACAUAAAAUAAACACACACAAAAACCUAAACAAAUUACAUAAAAUAAUAUAAAUUAAUAUUUCCAUAUUGUGAUAGUAGUUGAACAGAAAA